UAUAUAAUCAUAAUGCCAUAAUAUUUGAAUUUGAUAAAAGUGUACUCUUAAUAAUUAUUCCUAUCGUAAAAAAAUGCUGUACACUCCUUCAUAUCAAAAACUUGAACAACAAUAUCCAGAUACUUGCUACGAAUGCCAAUCAAAUGAUGAUGUUUAUAAUCAAAAAUCAUGUUCAGUUCACAAAUCAGAACCUCCUACUGAAGAAUGCCCAUUAACCAAGGAAAGAAGCGAUAAAUGCACGGAUUGUAGAUGCAGUAGGAGUGGAUUUGGCAUAAUCUGUUGUUGUUUUUUUAUUUUAUCUAUUGCUAUUACCACAGCGUUAAUUCUACAAUUAUCAUAUGGCAACAGUAUUCCUCCGGGAAAAACAGCUCACGGAGCUGUUGCGACAGAUUAUACAAAUUGUUCCCAAAUCGGAACGAAAAUACUCAGAAAAGGAGGAAAUGCCAUUGAUGCUGCAGUUGCUGCCACAGUUUGCAUGACUGUCGUCGCUCCCCAUAAAACGGGAAUUGGCGGUGGGGGAUAUAUUAUGAUCUACAGCCAAAUCGGACCAAAAACUCAAUUGGUCGUCGAUUUUGUAAACAACACUAUCGAAGGGCAAUUUGGAAAAGCCAAUACAAGAAUACCAGCUGUUUUGAAAGCUUUGGAAUUAGUGCAAUCCUUGCGAGGUAAUUUAGCUUGGCAGGAGGUGAUCGAACCUUCGGUUUCAUUAGCUCGAACUGGAUUCAUAGCCUCGAGAGAAUUAGCCUACGAAUUAUCGAAGCACAGCGAUUACGAAAAAAAAUUCCAUCCUGUUAAUGGCGGAGAGAUUUAUCAGCGACCAAUUCUUGCUAAUACUUUAGAAUUGGUCGGUCAGCAUGGAGCCGAUGUCCUCUACAACGGUUCCUUGUCCAGCGAAAUUGUUAGCAAAAUUGGCACAGAUCAGAAGCUUUUGCGUGACUUGGCGAGCUAUGAACCUCAAGUAAUCGCAGCAAAAGAAACGUCGCUUUUUGACCAUACAAUACUUUAUCCACCACACGCUAAUCUCGUAGAAUUUACUUUAAAAGAACUCGAAAAACUGCACAUUCAAAAGGAAAACGCAACCACAAUCGAAUCACAAAUCCAGGUUGCUGAGGCCCUCGUACAUGCUAAUCUCAUCAGUCAACAUCCGAUUAUCACUCGGCAGAAAUACGCUGGUGUAGUAGCAAUGGAUUGGCAAGGAACUUACGUUUCGAUUGUAACAGGUUUAAACAGCCCAUUGAAUGUCUCUCUGAAAACCGAUGCUGGAUUUUUUCUGGACACAAUUGACCAGAGAGAUGGUUUAAUAAAUUUGACUCCAGUACUUUUCCAUGAUGACGUCCCUAAUUGUGGAUUAAGUGGUUCCUUUAAUUCCGACGAUCCAGCCGUUAUUGGCCAAAUACUUUAUAACUACCUCGCAGUUGGAUUUAAUCUCUCGACUACAAUAGAGUAUCCAAGAUAUUAUUUACUGCCGGAUGGAGUUGCUAUUGAGAAUGACAGUAGUUAUUCAAUAGAUAUGGCAGUAUUAAAUCAAUUGAAAUCUAGUCGUCCUCCAUCUGCCGUGGACCCAAAUUCAAUAAUGAAGAGUAUAAACAUGAUUAUCGAACGGAGAAAUAAGAUCUCGAGUCAUUCGGACAGCAGAGGAGGCGGUUUGUCCUCCAGAUAUUAAAUUAAAAAUAAUCGUACCUAGUAUUAAUAUAUUCAAGAUUUUAAAUUCAAUUUACAAAUAUUGAAUAAUGUUUCUCCAUGAAACGUUAGAGACUGAACGACAGAUAAAAAAGUAUUAUUUUAGAGAUAUGUACUCAGAUACUGUUAAACUCUUUUUGUACUUUUACAUGUUGAAGGCAAUAGUCAUUUUUAUAAAAAUAAUUUAUUGUCAGGUUUGUACUUACUUUUGUAAUAAACGUGUUGGGAAUCAA